GCGACGGCGACCACGAAAAUCUCCCGGACCUCUCUAAUUCAUAACAAAUUUAGUUCUUGUUUUUAGUUAGUUACCGUCUCUCCGACCGAAGUGAACGUAUUUCAUUCGCGCGGUGUGUCUUUUCGCGUGUCCAUUCUGUACUCACUUUCCGGAUUUCCUGCUGUUAUUGUUAUUAUUAUUAUUGAUACGAUUAAUAAUCUUAUUUUUAUUAUCGUUGUUGUCUGGUGUUGUUUGUUCCCCUACCAUUUUUCGCCAUUCACCAGCCGGUGCGAGGCGAUCUACUUGGUGUUCGAUAAGUAAUGAAAGAGAGAAAAAGCAGUGAUCACAAUAGAGUGAUUACACGUGUGCGCCUAUCCGCCUGAUCGUCGUCAACAGUGGACUCCUGCGGUAAAGUACGGUAUCCGCGACACACCGUGAAUGUGAAAGGAGGUGAAAUAUUAGCCUACGGACGACUCCCCGAGGUGGGGCAGUGUUUCGCAAGCAAAAGCCGUCGCCGUCGUCGUUGUUGUCGUCGUUGAAUAGUCGUUCUCAAGUGCGGAAUGUAAUUGAGCGGAUCGCGCGGGUAUACAUGCACACACAUAUGUACGUUCAAUCGUUUGUGCUUACUGACCGGUGUGUUGUGUAGAGCAACGGCAGCUCGUCCAUCGUCGUCAGUCGGUGGCCGUAGAUUUUUGGCAAUUGUAGCGAGAAGCGAAGCUCUUUUUCGCGAUUUUUCGCGAAACUGUUGUGGUGGUGUGCCAAAUCAAAAGUGCUACAUGCGUAAUGGUGGGCAAUGCCACGAAGUAUGUGCGUGAUAAGUGAGCACGGAAUUCAGAAGAAGUGAAAGCGUGAAUCGUGGAAGAUACGCACAUACUUGUACACAUAUAUAGUUAUAUGGACAUACGUACAGAUAUGCAGAGUAGCUACCGCCCGAGAGUGUGGUGAUGAUGGCCACUGGCAGAGUUUUUAACGAAUCGAAAAGCCACGGCAGCGAAUGAUUGAACAGCGUGAGUUCCGAUUGGAAACAGAAUAGCGGGAACUUUGUUGCAGAUCUGUUUUUUUUUUGGUCGAAACGGUUUGCCACAGCGAACCAAUGAGUAAUGUGUUUUGAAAAGAAGAAAAUUGCGGUAUACGUGGUGCUAUCAUUUGGGAAAAAAUAGACCGUAGAUUACCCCACGCGUUAUUCGAGGGAUGUGUGUUUUGUUCAUUUCGAUUGAAUAUUAAACUUUGCGAGACCCUAUUUUGCCGUAUUGCUACGUAGAAUUUAUUCUCAUGAUUUGAUGUACGUACGUAUGGCCGAGGCGAUAAUUUUGCGUUACGUUAGAAUUUUCGGUGCACAAGUGUAAUCUAUACUGUAAAUUCGGGGCUGGUUUUUAUAAUCGAGAACCAUUUUCCUGAAGUUCGUUCCACUUAAAGUCGGGUUGCGUUGAACACACAAUAGAAAAGUGGCAUCGAACCAACCAAUAAUCCCCCGACGAUACCCCCAGUGAUUCAGGUUCAGUAUAUUACUACAACCAGAAAACCAGUUGCUGAACCCCCAAAUAGUGAAAGGCAUCAAACAUUCCGGCUACUAAAUUGAAUGGAAAGUGGUGACAUGGUGGUAUGUAAAAGUUGAAAAACAAUCGAAAGUGAAGUGUUUGUAAGAGUUGUUCCGUAGAGCGCAGUCGAUAGUGAUAAAGAAGAAAAAACGGUAAAGUGUUGUUGGCGGUGCUAUUAUUUUUUUUUUUGGACCAACCUCGCCCGAACAGUGGGUAGCGAGUCGUGUAGGAGGCAAACCUGUCGGUGAGCGAGAAAGGACCAAUAUGUUGCUCAAACUGCAGUGCUAAAUAUUGCGUAAUCGACUAUUCGAAGGUUGUGGAUGAAAGCGUCUGGAUCUGGACGAUCAGGACGAUGUUCCGUUAAAGCGAUUAAAAAGCAGCCUUCCCGCGAGAGUCUUGGAAAUCGUCAAGCGAAGGUUUUUGCGUAUCAGAAAUCGAAUUUAAUUAUCCCAAAAGAGCCGCCGGUCGUGACAGGAGAAGGAAAUCAAAAAUCGGUAAUAGUUGCGUUUGCUGCCAAAGAAAAUCCUUGAAUGCUACAAAAAAAUAUUCCACCUCAUCUAACAGGGAAAUCUGAAAAGAAAAAAAAACGGAAAAUAGUUAGUGCAGCGGUAGUUUGUGCGGUCAGGCAAGGAAGGUGCUAUUACGUGAUCAAGGUUAAUAAAUUGGAGGCUGAAUACCGAGGAAAACCAAAUCAAGUGGGUCCGGUGUAAGAGUGUGUCUUAAUUGGUCCCCGCCCACCCCGGUGGGGUUCGGUCCGGCCAAGUGUGUGGCAUGGUUUCCUAGAGUGCUCGUUUUCGGUGGUCGAAACGAGAAACGAAAGUGGCAGUAAAAUUUUAUAGCCAAACGACGGUCACCACCGGCUGGCUGCAGAGCGUAGUACGUACCUGGCCCCAGGACACGUGUUUCGUCCGUGCCUUGUGUGGAGUCGGCAGUCCUGCCAUUGAGACUGGCCCUUUUUUGAUUAUUUCAUUUUAAUAUCACACCAUCAAAACGUCUUCGGAAAAACCGCCCUUCCGGUCACGUUGCAACAGUUCUCAUGGGCCACCGUGGCGGAAAAUUGCCGCCGCGAUGUCCACACUCACUAGCAACGCAAACACCAACAAUAACAACAACAACAACCUUAUCAUUGCCGCAUCCUCACCAGUCACAGGAACCUCAUCCAGUAGCAACAAUAACACCAACAACAACAACAGUAACGCCAUCAACAACAAUAACCACCAUCUGGGAACGCAAGCAUUCGGCACAACGACGUCCCAUCACCACCAGAGUGCGCUCGCUUCCGGUGUCAGCAGCGCCAAACGAUUGCUUCCGUUCGCCCGCAGCAUGUCGUCCUCGUCGAACGGCGGUGGCGUCGGUCCGGGUAGUUUCGCGGCCGGUGGCGCAGUGGGUUCCAGCGGGCUGUCCGCUAUGAUUCCCACCGAACUUAACGUGGUCCUGCACGGGUACCACACGAAGCUGAAGACCAAUAAGAAGAAGUACUUUGUCGUGUACGGUGACACACCGGACAAGAAUGCCCGGUUGGAGUAUUUUGACAGUGAGAAGAAAUUCAAGCAGUCGUGGCUGAAGAGCAGUUCCGUGCAGGCCAAGCGAAGCAUAGUGCUGCGUAGUUGUUUCAAUAUUAACAAACGGCACGACACCAAGAAGCAUGUGAUUGCGCUGUAUACCAAGGAUGACUGUUUUUGCAUAGUGUUUAACAGUGAGGAGGAGCUGAAUCGGUGGCUGCGGACGCUGCUAUCGCUGCAGCGCGGCGAGGAGUCGGAGGGGGAGCCCCCUAGACCUACUUUCGAACACGUUUGGGAUGUGUUUGUUCAACGCAAAGGAUUGGGCGACAGCUAUGGAAUACUUGGCAACUAUCGGCUGUGCAUCACGGACAAAACACUGUCACUGGUACGGAUAGGACCCCCAACCACAGCUACCGGGGACAGCCGCGUGGAGGUGGUCGAGUUUUCGCUAGCAUCGAUACGAAGAUGCGGUGCCUCGCAGCGCUACUUCUACAUGGAGGUCGGACGGAGUUCGAAAACCGGAGCCGGCGAAAUAUGGAUGGAAGCACAGGAUGCCAUCAUAGCCCACAAUAUGAACACAACGAUCAUGAAAUCCGCCAAAAGCAACGGUGACAGCCUAUGCCCGCUCCCGCGGAAUCGUUCCUCGUCGGCCAAUGCCGCUUCCAAGCCGACGCAAAUUCUGGUGCGCCGUCAGACGCACGCCGGCCAGAAACCGAUCAACUGUUCGCCCUCUGGUGAAGAUCAAAGCUCUUCACAUGCAUCUUACGCACAGGGUUCCGAAUCCUCCUCGUCAGCUACUAGCACUAAUACAGUAGUUAUGGUCCCACAAUAUCCAAAUUCCAGUCAAAAUUCGAAAGCCAAUCAAAAUCAUCAACCGUAUUCGGACAAGCUAGGCGCAUCUACUACCUCUAUUCCUGCCAGUACGUGUCAUCCGGGUGCCGGUAGUGGUCAGACGAUCGGUGGACCCCCCGGCGGCCCCAUUCCCGGAUCGCCCCGUUUCUCCUCCUAUCCAUCUCCCACGCUGUCGUACGGCAAAACCUCCAUCAAAAAGCCCAAACUGGACCCUCCCCAGGAGGAGGAAGGCAGUGCUUCCUCCUACUCCUCGUACACCUCCAUCCGCCAACCACCGCUGGCCGGGGUCGGUCCUCAACCUGCACAGCUAACCCAGUACACUGGAGCUCCCGUUGGUCUUGGUGUUGUUGGCCCGUCAUCGUCCGUCAGCACUACCAGUGUGUGUAGCGGCAGCACCACCACAACCACUGAGUUUCCGUCUCCGAGUGAACAUGUUACAUCCGCAGUGAUAUUCCAUCAAAGAGCUUUAUCAUUACCAAGCGCUACCCCCAUGCUAAGUCAUUCUCCCCACAACAAUUCGACCUCCCAUCACAUGGCGCCGCAAAAGUCCUCCCAGAACGUUCUAGGCAACAGUAGUAGCAAUGUUAGUAACAAUCCCACUUUUAACGGCCAAUCCGGUGGAGGAGGUUUCUACGGAAAGAAUGCAACCGGGGGAAUCCUGGUCAGUACGCUGCAACCGGUUCACCACCGGACACGGUCACUGCCGCUAACGGAAGAAAGUGCAAUACGUAUCACAAACAACGGUCCUGCUGCCAACGGACCUCAUCAUCAGUAUUUACCGGGCGCCAAUCGCAAACAUCAGCAAUUGUCCAACUUAUCGAUAGCAUCGCUCAAGUGCACCUGUCCGACCGGGCUGCCCGUCAUUGUCGUCGGUAGCAGCAGGGCAAGUCACUAUAAUUUAUGCCCCCUGCACAGUUCUGGUAGCAAUACGACAAUAACAUCGGCUGCUGUCUCGGCGUCGUCGUCGUCGUCGUCCACUCAGCAGGACUAUGAAAAUAUGAAUAAAUCAUGUUCCUAUCUACCAUCCAUGUCCCCCCCAACAGGCCAACCGGGUGACCACCAGCAUUACUACAGCAAUCACUCAUUCGAUGGUAGUGCCGAUAGUAAUCCCAACCCAACAAUCACCAUCCCGUCACGCAGUUCAAUGGAGAGUAUUAUCGAAGAUCAAAAGUAUCUCCCGAUGGACAUGAAGAAACCCACCAAUCACGGCAACCAGCAGGAAGAUAAGGACCUAGGAAAUCAGGCCCCGAAUCUUCAGUUCAUUAGCCGACUGCUACGGAGCACCAACAUUCAAGCGAUAAACAAUAGCAAACUGGUCGCACUGAAAAUGGCCACCGCAAACAUCCCGCCCGCAAUCAGUAGUAGUAGUAGUUGUAGUAGUUCUUGCACCAGUAGCCAAAGCACAACAACGACCUCCAGUGCAAGCAGCAACUAUACAUACUGUAGUAGUAGUAGCGGAGGCUCGUUGCCGUUGGGUAGUUCCUCUGGUUCGCCCCCGGCCACGCUGCGUCGCCGAAGUGGUCGUAACGGCGCCAGCUCGAGGCGAAGCGUCGCCAUUACACGGGAACGCUGCGACAGUUUACCAUCGCGUAACAGAACAACCAGCGAAACGAGUACCCAUCAGCAGCAGGUAAUCUUGAACAGUGGAGGAAUGCCGCCGCCCAGGACGAUUCCCUCGGCCAGCUUCAGCCGGCCGCAUUCGAUGGUAGUCAGCCGGCAGAGCCACAGUCAUAGUCCUCCGGUGCAUUCAUCCCCGCUGAGCCCGCCGUCGACCGGUGCAUGCUCUACCGGAAGCGACGGUUCCUCGCUCAGCAUCGACGAAACGGACAGUUUCGUCGGUUCGCUCACACCGGACGAGGGCAAUGGCUUUUCCAAGGUCAUUAACGCUCUUAGUUCGGGUUGCUCGAUUCCAGAGGAAAACUCCGAUGAGUAUAUUCUCAACUACGGUAGAAUCAACCAGAGGCCAUUUACGCAACAUCGGUCCAUGGACGAGUUCGGUAGCCACCUAAGGCACAGUCAUAACUCACUAUCGCUUCCAAUAUCUCAGGCGAUCAGAAGGGGCAGUCCAGCACCACCGACAAACGUGGCCGGUUCGGUGGAGGGUAGCAGUAGCAACUAUAUGGAGAUGUGCAGUCCGUGCGGCAGUUCACCGGGUGAUCCAUCUGGAAAUGGUGGUUACAUACCGAUGUCUCCGAUUGCGGAUUUUUCGCGAGGCUUGUACAUGGGUAGCUCGAGUGCACAUUCGCGCGCUUCCAGCCUGGCGGAAGACACCGUCGACGGUUACGUUCCUAUGGCGGCUCCAUCCCACGCGGAGGAGUACGUAGACAUGGAGCCAUCCCACAACAGCAGCAGUCGUACGGUUGCAGUUCCAACGGUCACAACAGCCGGUGGUGCAGGUAAUAUUAGUUCGGCGGCUUCCAGCUGCAGUAUCACAUCUGGGACUCCCUCGACCGAUAUGCGCUUUUCUGAGUAUCAUCUAGAGAAAGUGGUGGCCAGGUUCACCCCGAGUGAAGAUGACGAAACGGACCGGCCCUUGCGUACCUACUCGGUGGGCAGUCGAUUGGAGCAUAACAAGAGAAAGUUACGCGUCGAUAUGCUGAGCUCGGAAGCAACGUCCAAUUCUAGGGUUCGCGCAUUCUCGGUUGGAUCCCGGGCAAAGGUCCCCCGGUCGGAGCUCUAUAAGGGUGCUCCGAUCACUGCACCGUUGUUGUCGACGGGUAGUUCUGGUAGCAUGCAGGAGAGUAGUAGCAAUACGGGAAGCAUUACCAACUCUGCCAUCGGUAUCGAUGUAAUGUCGUCGGGCAUGAGUCCCUGUGUCAGCGGCGUUAAGACGGGUAAAAAAUCUUCCAGUGCACCAGUGCUGGCCAUCAAGCCACACGGUUCGUUCGAUCCUAUGGAUGACCUGAUGGAAAUUGAUUUCGGAACACAAUUCCACGGAGAGCCGGAGGUGAAUUCUAGUACACCCCAGAAAUCGCUGGGAGUUGAUGACUAUAUGGAGAUGACCGCUGGAAACGGUGUUCAGAACACAGGUUACGUUGAAAUGAAACCUGGACGUAUUAUAACGUCGGGAAACACAAGUGCUGUUGAAGACAGUGAUUAUCUCGAUAUGAGACCUGGGGCGGUACCCGAAACGAAUCUUUCGACGAAAAGCACAAGUUCCCCCAUACAGAUUAAUUCGCCGAAAAAGUUUAACGGAGGCGGAAAUAGUAACAACAAUAACAACAACAACAAUUACCUUGAGAUGUCCUCUCGAUCAAUGGGGACAUCCUCGUCGUCUUCCUCUUCGGCAACACACCGUAAAACAAAAGUACCUUCGGAAGAUUACCUGAACAUGAGUCCAUUGAUGAUGAGUGGUGGCGGAGGCGGUGGUGGAGACAGUGGCAAUGAAGACAAAAUGACGCAUGAAGAAGAUGAUAUGGUGGCUCCAAGCAGUGCCCCUGAAGGUUACAUGGAAAUGUCCUGGAACCAAGGAAAGUCUAAUCUGAAGACUGAGUGCAAAAAACGAGCAUCCGAUGAAUACAUAAAUAUGGAUUUUACUCGUCGAGAGGUUGGAGGAACCUUGCUCGGAGCAGAGUCUCGAUUGAGUUCACAGCCUAUUGCAAUUCAACCGGGUAAUGGAAGUCGAACUUCCUCGGGUGACCUGUUGGAACCAAAGAUGGGUGGAGUUCCGUCAAAUAUUCCAAACUACCUACCAUUAAAUCCAGCUCUAGCUCAGCGUCAUCAAAUAGCAGCGCAAAUUGGAUUCAGUCCGAAGCAGAACAAUUCCCGAUCAAGGUGCGAUUCUAGAGACAGUGGAAUCGUGACACCCUCCGGUAGUCAGGCGACAAUAUUUCCGUUUAGUCCUGGUAGUCCGAUCAAAUCAUUUGCGAUCAAUUCGGAACACAAUGCCGACGAGCGGAAGUGCUACAUGGACGGAACAACCGGUACGUUGCGUAUUAGUGAGAUGGACGAAGAGGGUAGUGAGUUCCUGGUCGCAGAUAACCAGCAACCGCAACAGUCAAAAGACCCCGAAAGCAGUAAGCUGGAGGAUCUAAGCCAUAACUAUGCUGAGUUGAGUAUUGGCCAACAACAGCAGCAGCAACAGCAACAACAGCAGCAAAAGGCUGACAAAAGUCGUAUAAGUUCCUUCAGCAGUAGCAAACGAGCAAAUCUUAGUUUGAUUCUAACAACGUCCACCGGUACCAAAACGACGACCACGAUAACAACGAUGAACACGACAGCGGAAUACCCAGAUUACGUCAACUGCAGCCCCAUCACUACACCGGUGGCGCCGAAACCAGCAACUCCGAUGGCCUUAGAUGACCAAGCUGGUGACUACGCCAUAAUGAACCCCGCUUGUUUGAGAAAGCUCUCAAGCACUUCUCAGACAGAACUUUCCACGACUGAUGUCGGUCUUCCACCCUUGACUAGAAAAUCCAAUCUUAUUGGUUUUAGACCCAUUACCUCAAGUCAGGAUGAAGCAUUGCUAAAGAAAUGCACAGGAACUUCUCCCAAACCUGCCUUCAGUCGGCAGUAUUCGGAACGCCGUACCGGACCAUCUGGAGCCGAAGGGUCAAGUUAUGAGAUGCUUCACCGUUCCUGCCAUUCGCGUCCGAAUAGUGUUAACAGCGAAAAAAUAAGCAGCAAGUGUCAACCGGCAUCGGCUGGAUCAACGCGUCCGAGUUCAGCCAACAGUGACCGACUUCCUACCAUAUCUGCUACCUCAUCAUCCGCUUCCUCCACAUCGACGCUGUGUGAAAGUAAGAACCAGAGUCCAACCGCAUCGUGUACCAUGAUUGCAGGCGUUGGCGCUGCGACAGCUUCCGCUGUUCGUUCGGACUCCGUUGCGUCGCACACUGAUCCGCACAUCAUCUCACGUCCUCCAUCUGUCAGCUCGGAACGUGAACUGCACUACGCAAGUCUUGAUCUUCCACCAUGUGGCACAAAUCCUUCCACUGCAUCGGCUGCUGCCACAAACAGAAUGGAAGUGGAUUCCGAUGUUGGUGUACCUUCAUCGGCAAUCGGUCGUCAAGGAGGAUCCGACUCAUUAAACUCUAGCCCUAGUCCCAAUUCCGGAUGUACCUCGCAACAACAGACUGGUUCUGCCUUUACAUAUGCUCAAAUCGAUUUUGUCCGCUCGAUUGCACAAGCACAGCAACAUCAGCAGCAGCAGCAGCAGUCGUCAACCAAGAGUGGCCAACAACAACCGUAAGAGCACACAGCCACACACACACAGGUACAAUGAAACUGCCAAUCCGAAACAACAGAGAGCCCCUCCUUUGAAAGUAAGUAUAGCAGUUAAGUUCUGUGCCCCUCGAACGACGAGAAACAAAGAGAUGUAAAUAUAAACACACACCCAAACACACACACACAUAAAGUAGGCACCGAGUGCUCGGUGUCCAGACACCCAACCUUCGGAUUAGGAAAGUUCAUUGUUACCUUAUUUUUGUUAUGUGAAAGUACGUGCAGUUCACUCUGCAGCAACCGUCUGUGGCGUUUGAAACGGACAAAGCGUCCCCUGUCGUGAUUGCGGUAGGAAAGGCGUUUACUCUCUAGCGUCACUUUGCUAGAGAAAGAAACAGGAGAUAAAUUUUCUUUUUAAGCUAGUGGGUAAACAUGUAAACGGUUAAAAGCAAGAAAAAUAUUCCAAAAAUAGUGUAAUAAAACAAACCCCAACACAAAACGAAAAAGAAAAAAAACAGAAACAGACAAACAAACCUGGAGAUAUAAGAUGAAAAUUCUAAUGCCAAAAUAAGCUUUACUUGAUUUCUUGUUUUUUCGUUCACAUUCAUCAGCAGAUAAAGUUUAGUUACACACAACUAUUUAUUAAGAAACACACACACACAUGAAAAUAAAAAGUUUAGCAUGUAAGUAAAUUAAUUGCAGAAGGUAAGCAGUAAAUUUAGUCUAAAUAUAGAAAGGGAAAAAAACAACUAUAGAAAACUUUAUUUUUAUUAAAGAAAAUCAACUUUUUAGCCCGUAAGAAGAUAGAUUUAGGUGGAAAAGUAUAACUUAUACAUAUUUAAGUUUAAGGUAAAAAUAAAAAAUGAAAAGAAAAAAAUCUACUAUAUAUACUAGUGUAAGCAAAAAACGUAGCGAGAUAGGGUCAAAACCUCUAAACUAUUCAUAUUCAUAUAUACACAGAAAAUGCAGAAAUACGGCAUCAACAUAUGCUAAUACAUCCAUAAAACUGCGAAUCGUGGAAGAAAACCGAAAAAAGCUAAAGGAAUCAACUCUAGGGUUACGUUUAAGUAUAGAACCGGAAUGAUCCUGCGCAAAGCUCGCAACAAAUAACCCCUCGCGUGAAAAAAAUAUUAGAAAUAAACACUGUAUUUUUAUGUACGUUUAUAUACUACUCUCACAAGAGUAGAAGAAAUGUAUAUAUUUUAGCUAUGGGGUUUUGCGGAACGGUUCAGGGCAAAACAGCAGACAGUUUGUUAUGGUUCGCGCGUGAAAAAAGGUGGCAAUAUUUUUACUUUCAUAAACUAUCAGCUGAGGAACGUCUUGUGGUCAUCAUCAAGUUAGUGUUGUUUAACACGGACACUCGGACUCCAAACGAGCAAACAAAAUCAAUGGGUUUAUAUAAAUAUGACAAAAUCUUUACAACAUUUCUAUAUUAGUCGACGUAGUACGGGACAAAUGCGUCCCAUUUCUUUCAACAGCGACAGAAAAGCUGAAGAUUUCAUAUCUAAUCUUGGGACAUCUAUUGGCAAUGAAUUUUACUAAGCACACUCUGAAUUCCACUAUUGAAAAAAAAAUCCUAAGCAUAAUCGUAGAGCUUCACUGAUUUCCCGAUAGACGCUGGAUUUUUAUUUUCUUUAACUUUUUACUUGACUAUAGUCGAGUCAACACUCGAACACUUUCCGCUUCAGUACGAUAGCGCCAUCUAUGUACAUGCAAAUGUCGAGGGAUGUGUGAGCAUAUAGGGUGAUUCGAAUUUUGUUAAUAACAUUCUACGGCGAUCUCUCGUGCGUUCAUUUACCUGGCAGAACCUGUCUUGAGUGGUUUCAUCAUUUCAGAAAAGAAGAAGCAUGGUGAUGGAAGAGAAAAACUAUUCACACGACGACUUGGAAUCACAUGGCUAUGGGCAUGAUCCAGAAAAAGGAAAUUGGAUUCCGUACGAUUUGAAACUGAGAGAUAUCGAACGGCGUUUUUUAAAUGUGAACUACUUCGCCUAUAAUCGCAAGUAAGUCCCAUGUAGAUAGGGAAUCCCAUAGAACAUGGGACUGACUUGCGAUUAUGGGCAGUACUGCUUUAAAGGCAAAAUUGGAAGGGAUUCCUGCAUGGCAUUGUAAUCGGCGACGAAAUAUGGGUUCAUUUCGAUAAUCACAGAAAGUCAUGGAGAAUGCCGAUGUCUCCACGUCGACGGUAAAACCGAAAAAUCACGGAGCCAAGGUUAUGCUCUGCAUUUGGUGGGACCAGCUCGGUGUGAUAUACCUCGAGCUACUGAAACCGAGUGAAACCAUCGCAGGAGAUCGGUACCGAAUGCAAUUGAUGGGAUUAAGUCGCGCUACUUAGCACUGAUUAGAUCGCCUCAAAGUAGUUCAAGGUUCAGUCAGGGUGGUGCUGUUUUCAACUUUUCCAAUUAAACCAGAUUCGACAACUCGGUUCUCAUGGACAACAUCGUUGUUGGUUUCGUUCCUACCACGAUCAAACGCGGUCCCAAAUCAGCAUUAAGGACUGUCUAUCUGCACCAUAUCUUGCUACACCAAUAAUAUUUCUCCUCUAUUUUAAAGACGUUAAUGUCAAAUAACAAUGACUCCGCCUUUCCUUCGCCGACGAUAUACAGAUACGGCAAUAAACAGAUGCCGAGUUUCUGUCGAGUAAACUGGACAGCUUCAGUACGUGGCUUAAUCUAAAUUGAACGGUUUUAAAAACGGGCAAAUGCUUAAUUAUAAAGUUCGAGCGGAAACGACAUCCGUCCCAGUGCAACCACAAUUUGUUGGACUGAAACAUUCUAUGACACUCACGUCAAGGAUCUCGGAGUCAUCGUGGAUUCGACACCAACGUUCAAGCCACUUACUUUUUACAUUGUGAAUGGGGGCUUAAGACAGCUGGGGUUCAUCUUGUGGAUAUCAGAAAACUUUAAGGACGCAUACUGUCCUAAAUCGCUUUAUUGCGCAUUGGACGGCUCAUCUGUACUACCAGAACAGGGUUAGCAGAAUCGAGGCUGUCCAACGGCGAUACAUCUCCCAUGGCGAAACAGAUUUCACCUGCUGAGCUACGCAAAGCGUGUUCCUUCGUACAGUUCGACACGCUAAGCAUUCGGAAAGACCGCUCUCGGGGUCUAUUCGUCUCGAACUAACUGUCUGCGAGAGUGGAUUGCCCUACAAUCCUCGAACGCCUGGUUCUUCAAGCCCGCAUUCGAGUUCUACGCAAUAACUUUCUACUGCGACUACCUUUCGGGCGACCCAACUAUGGUCAGAGUGACCAACCCGGUGCAUUUUUUCCGUAGAUCUAUGGGUUUCUGUCCUUUCAGUGGAUCUACGAUUAACGCGUGGGAUCUACGCAAAUUCAUAACCUCUUCAGAAGUCUGCGAAAGUUUAGUAAAAAUUAUACGUAUUCAGUCGAAUUUCGAUUUUAUACGCCAAAUUAUUGUUGCACUUCCUCGCACUCAAGAUGGGAUCGGUACAGGUAUAGGCCAGAGCUCCUAAUAAUAUCCCAGCAAUAUUUUUUCUAGCACAUUUAAAUUAAACAGUUCGAAAUGAUACUUAUUCAUUUGGAGUACGGCUAAUUCCUAGAAUGUACGAUGUAAAGCUUGUUUCACGAAGGCGAAUAGGGAAUGAUGUUGCGACUCGUUUUGAGCUAAUAUCAUCUCUUCGUUACAAACGUGGAUAGUUUCUAAAAAAAUCAUCGAAUAACUGAAAUUCAUCAAAUUUCUGAACUUCAUACUACCUAUCAUCGAAGGACUGAUUACGCUAAUCGAUUUAAUCCAAAAUAAUAGAGCUUUAUACAGAUUAUUUCACACACGCUACUUGGUGAUUUGUUUUCCUCCAGUUGUCAUUUGUGAAACUGUCAAUAUCCUAUGGGUCAAUCGAAACGUAUGAAUUAGAUCGCAAAACGUAUUUAUAAUGUUGUUGAAGUUAUUCUAGUUCAAUUACAAAAAUAAUUCGACCGAUAAGUUGUUUACCUCCAAAAUAUGACAGGAUGAGGAAAACAAAUUAUUAACAACACUACUACAGUAACAGAUUGGAAAUUACUCUAUAACACAUAACAGUACACUGACGAAGAAGGUAAAACAAAUAUUUGGUGAGACCAGAAAACCUUCAAAUUUAGAUGAUGUAAAUUUUUUUACAGCGUGCGAUUCAGUGUAACGAAAUGAAUUGUGUUGGCAGAUAAUGCUAGAGCAUAGCUUUCCGACUAACUGAAUAGGCUGGAUGGGUCACAAAUACUCGUCAGAAUUGCCAAAAGGGCCGUUCAUAUACCAUGAAGACAAAAACAACCUUCGUUUUUAAUUCCCUGCUCCCCCUUCGUGGACAAGCGUGGAUAAUUGCUGUACCCCUAUUCCCCCUCCCUACGAUGCCCACGUGGACAUUCCAAUUUUUUCGGGUAGUGUCAUAAAAACUGGGUUUUCAGAAAAUUUUCCUGUGUUAGACUACUAUGGCGAAGAUGGACUUCAACCACAGAAUAUCAUACACUUCUUUGGUCUUUUGUGAAAUUUCCAUGAAAAUACAUCAUUUCUGAACGACAUUAUGAUAUUUUACAUUUACGUUUUAAAGAUUUAUCCAAUCCGAAAUCAGUGGUAUUUGACCAAGUCACAGAAGAUUAAAUCACAGUCAUUUUUUGUCAGAUUUUAUUUCGCACGAUUUCCUCUGAUUUUUUGAUGAUAGUUACCAUCACACACUAGGCUGUUACAAGCACCUUGACUAUUUCAAAAUCUUAAAAAAAAUUGAAGUUAAGCCAAUGACACCAGUGACGAUACAAAUUUAUUUCAUUUUCUUAUAAAACACAAAAAUAUUAUGAAAAGUUCACGUGGACAUUUCCGAUAAUCUCACCCCCUUCUGCAUGAACAAGCGUGGACUUCCUCGUGAACCCCUAAAUUGUCCACGUGGUAUAUGGAUGGGCCCUAACGUACAUGGUAGCUAUUCGGGAACCAAACAGCCAGAUGGUUGUUGAUUUCGAGGUAGAAAUGAAGGCGGUUGUCGACGAGUUUAGAUAUAUUUUGGAACACUAGUGACCCGUCUUCCCAUGAACAUCGACAAGUUUGCACCCGUGCACAAAAUUUCGUGUACGCGUUCAACCUUAAACAUGCCUUGCCUUUGUAUACAGGUUCGCAUCGAACACCGAACCCAAGCGAACGAUGUGCAAACUUAGGUUUAAACACCGUGCACGUACACCGUGUGCGUACACAAGAAAGGCAACCACAAAACAGAAUGAGUCAAUGCUAGUAAUGAUGAGUGAGAGAACUAGUAUCAAAAACCUGUGUGUACGAACACCGCGUACGUACAUGGGGUUCGUUUGUGCAGACAAACAUGUGCUCGUUAGAGUGGCUCGCGGUUGUAUGGGAAAACUUCAAAAUGAUUUAAACUAGCGGGCACAGCGCUUUUUGAGUUCCUUUUGUGGUCCCAAAUGCCUGUGCAAAAUUUGGUAGCGGUUGGUUGCUUCCCGGGUUUGCGCAUUGCGUUCAAAGUUUGCAUGGGAUUUUAUAUGGGGAAAUAAAUUAUUUUGCAUUUUAAUUAAUAAAGAUCCCUAUUUCACUGAUAAUGAAAAACCAGCUGCAUAACUAUAGUUCAAACCUUGGUUAACAACUUUGUCGAAGACCGUAACUAGCUACGAGUUUUCAAAAAAUAGUUAUAACGAUUUUAAAACUUAUGGUAAAAUCCAAAUGCAGAAAUUGAUUAGUUUUUCCAGCACUGCCGGUGCACCACCGACAUCGACAUUAAAAACUUAGAUAAAUGAGAAUAUAUUCAUCGCAGAGACUUGGUAUCUUUGAAUGAAAUGUUCAGAAUGAAUUGCUGAAUAAAAUAGACGUAGUUAGAAAAUGAAAAGACGCAGGGGUGGGGGGGGUGUCUUGUGUACACCCCAGUCCCUUUUUAGAUUGUUUUGUAUAAGACAAAGAAUCAUUACGUCCUUGUAAAAGUCAACGACUGAACUUUCUUAAUAUUUUGAGAGACCCAAAUAUGAAUCAUACUACUAUCUUUGAUGUGGGAAAAAACAUUUACAAUAUUUAGGAUUUACACCUACAAAUUUAUGUUAUUUUUGCUUGAUGCAAAAACUAACUCAGGUCUGGAAAUCGCGUUGGGUUCUAACCUGAAGUAUAUUGCUGGUCCACCAAGAUCACCUCUGUUUUGCGUUAACCUAACUCAAUUUCAUCAAAAAACGCUUGUUUGAAGUAACUAUCCUGGUUUCGUUCCUAGAUUCUCAAACGAAAACUUCAAAAAAACAAUUCCGGGACUUCAAGGAAUCUAAUUAUAUGCAUUUUUUUAAAUUCUGACUCUGAACGGCUAAGAAAUAGGGUUUUAAAAUAUGUAAAACUUAUAAACCGUUGCACCAUUUUAAAUGAGAUAACAGUAGAGCCCUUAAAUAGUAGCACUCAAACACGUAAGAUUAAUUUUUAAUUCGACGGUACAAACCUGCGUUGAAGAUGUGCUCCUUAUGUUAUAUUAAACUAUCUAAAAAGGAAACUGGGAAGUACACAAGGCUCCCCUCUCCCUCUUCUUUUCAUUUUCUGACUACGUCUGUGUUAUUCAGCAAUUCAUUCUGAACAUUUCAUUCAAAGGUACCAAGACUCUGCGAUGAAUAUAUUCUCAUUUUUUCAAGUUUAAAGUAUCGGUGUCGUGGUGUACUGACAGUGUUGGAAGAAAUAAUUAAUUUCUGCAUUUGGAUUGAACCAUAAGUUUUAAAAUCGUUAUAACUAUUUUUUGAAAACUCGUAGCUAGUUACCGGUUUCGACAAAGUCGUUAACCAAGGUUUGAAUUAUCGUUUUAUAAACCUGGUUUUUCAUAUUGAGUGAAAUAGCGAUCUUUAUUAACGUAAAUGCAAAAUAAUUGAUUUCCCCAUAUAAAAUCCCAUACAAACUUUAAACGCAAUGCGCAAACCCGGGAAGCAACCGACCGUUCCCAAACUUUUCACAGGCAUUUGGGACCACCAAAGGAACUCAAAAAGUGCUGUGCUGAAAAAUGUCAUUUUCGAGCCACUCUAGUGCUCGUGUUUUGGUACGCAUUGGCGCGUUCGAGUUUGCACACGAAAUGUGGGUAUAAGAUGAGCACAGAACUUGAGCGAACAUGGUGUUCGAUGUUCAUUUGGGAAGACUGCUAGUGACAUUAAAGAUAUGUGAUAACAUAGAUAGCCGUGAGUAUAAAAGACAGUUUGCGGUUGCAAAUGGUAAAUCUUCUGAAUUUAUGAACAUUGUAGGUCCUAUACAUUUCGAGAUAGGAUGUAUUUUUUUAAACAAACAUCAUGCUCAAUUUUUACCCAAAACUUGCUUAUUUUAAUAUAAUCGUAUAUCGUUGUUUAGCACAUUUUUAACUAAGUAAUUUUAAUGUACACAACAAGAAACACGUUCACUGAGAAAAAUGUAUUUUGUAUUCUAUUAAAAUUUACCUUAUAAAACACGCUUCGCAUUUGAGUACCGUGAACGAGUUUCGGCAAGCUUCUGCAACCAAAUAUGUAUUGGAAAAUAGUUAAGAAAUCUGGGCUGGAAAAGUAAUGCGAAAAUAAUUUGAAUUUGUUUAGUUAUUUUAUGAGUUAAAAAAUGUUUCUACCACUAUUAUAUAUGAAAGCUGUUGUUAUAUUACUGUAACUCAUUCAUCAGGAUCAGAUGAAGUUGCUUUAUAAUGAUACACAAUAAGAUAAAAGUUUUGGGUAAACCAUAAAUAUAGUAUUCUAAAAUGCGCCUUAUCUCAAAAUAUACAGGACCUACAAAGUUUGCAUUUUGAGAAGAUAUAUUUAUAAUUGCACGAGCUAAAACUUCCUCGAAGAUAUCAUCUUCCUAACAAGGUAUAGUAAACAUUCGAUAACAGCGCUACCCUAUUAAUUCCGACCACUAUGCGCCGGACAAAUCAAACGCACUAUGUUCAUUCGUCUUUUUCUUGGCUUGACUAUUGUCUACAAGGCUCUCGGUUCUACACCGCCAGACUUUCAAUCGAUUUGCAAUUGGGACCUCUACCUGAAAGUGGCAAUCAAAGAGUUGGUCAUUAUGUCAGAUAGACAGAUCAGCUCUCAAGUGUAACUUCGAGUCCAAAUUCGUCUAUGGCAGUCGGAUAAUUCUAAUCGAUGCAAAUGCAAGUUCAUUUUGCUGUGGUAUGGGUGUCAUGGUGCAGAAUGGAAGGAAACGUGUGGUUGAUGAGAUGGAAUCACUGGUCUAUUAACAGCCAUCUCAGAAUACAUCGGGUCUAGUUAGGCUCAAGAUAAUGCCCGCAGGAAAAAUAAGUGAAGGAAACAUCCUAACUACAUACUACCCAUCUCUCGCUACGACCAGAAUAAGCUUAAAAAUCUUUGAUGAAGGAUUUUGAGCAGGGUGCCAAUAAAACAAAAAAUGUUGUAAAUAGAGUAAAUAACCUAUCUUUGAAAUAAUGUGCAAUGUGCAAGUUGGCUGAUUCAGAUAAAGUUGCAGAUCAGGUCAGGUUAUUGAUACCGUAUGAUUUUUAGAAACAAGCUCAGUUGCUUUGGUGUCACAAAGUAAGUCCUUGAGCAAAAAUUGAAUACCUGUUCAAUGAAUGGAAUCCUUUUUAACAUUGUUCUAUUUUUUCUUCAUCAAAACUUCUCGAACUUGUAUGAACAUUCCAGGUAUUUUUAACAUUUCUCUCAACUUCACCACUCGCCAAUUUUUUGUUAGCGUCUGAUAAGGCGAACUGCUAGCGAGUCCAAAACAAUAAGUUUCGAUUUUUUUUAUUUGAAGAAAACCCAAGAAAAAACUCUGUGUGUGCUAACCAUCCCAAAUUCCCAACUCCCACUGGCUGGCAACGGUUCACAGAUAGAAGAUGUUAGUUCAAGGAUUUAGGUAGGCGUUACCUCGAUUCAAUUCCUUGCUUGCAUCAAAUAAAUUUAAACAUUAUAAAAAACUUUCAAUUCCCUAUUUGAUUUUCAUAUAUAAAUAUAUUAUAGUUGGUGGUUCUUACCAGAUUGUUUGUCGUUUCUCUUUAUCCUUCUGUCUUGUCUUCUUUCUUACGAGUGCUCUAUAUUAAAUGAUGAUUUAGCUUCCUCGAACAUUUGAUUUAGAGCUACAUCUGUAUUAAGAAGAAAACAACUUGCCUGCGUAUGUUUGCAGUAUCCUACUAUCUGAAAAGAUAAUAAAAUUAAUUUCUUCAUUGAACACAAAUAUUCUAUUUUAAUAACCCAUUUAGACUAGCCGAUUUUUAGCCGAAAUGCUUAUGAUGUGACCAUCAAGAAUUCGUCAAUACCCCUUCGACACCAGUUUGGCAUUACCAGACCGUAGCGCGGGAGGCGUCGUCUCUUCUUCAAUCAAUCUUCGACUCCAAACCAGUCGAAUGUCUCGCCGCCCAUUCUGCCACUUACUUUCUGAUCCAUCCUACACAAUAGGAAUCAGCUUAAUCAGUUUGGUCAGAAAUCUUUGUUAUAGCGUUAUCUGUCGCAGCUCGACAAACAGAUGAUGAAUUCCAUAAUUGAUAGAAAAAGCAUUGAUCGUUAAGAGUUCGAAUAAUGUAAAUUUCAUUGUAACUUUCUUUUCGGUGUCAUAGCCACACUUUUGCAGCAACGGUCAGAUUCCGUAUACUUUCCUUGUAUGUCAGUUACACAUUGAAAGUAAAGAAUUUUAAGGUUGCGUUGGAUCCUAAGUCUGAUAGUUUAUAACGUUAAAAAUCGUGCCACUGCUAUGCCUCACAAAAAUAAUCUUUAGCUAUUCCAUAAAAAAAAAACAAACAUUAAUCACUUGAAUUGGAAAUUAACAUCUAUUUACUAUCCGUUUACGUUGUAUUCUUUUAAGGCGUGAAUAAGAAAGAUAUUCAUGUUACUGAUGAUGUUAUUUCUUCUCUUUCCUAUUAUUUUUAGUUCUUCAUUUAAAUAAUGUUAGUUAACUUACCCAGUUUUAAGUUGAUUUCCUUCAAAUCAAAAUUGAUCAAAUGUAGUAGGAAGAAAAGAAACACAUUUUUCUCUAGAUUUUUUUUUCUAUUUUCCGUUUCCCGCCUGCCUCUGUUCGUCAGGCUUAGCGAAUUAAGCGUGUGGUUUGUUACUUUUUUGUUUUCCAGUCCAUGUUUAAGUUUAAUUUUAGUUUCGCUCAAUUUAAUUUAUCGUUAAAAAUGUGUUGUGCUAAACGCGUUCUUCCUUGAUGGUCUGCAUCAUUUAGAAUAAAUUUCAAUAACCCAGUUGUUUUGACACGGACUUGAGUUCAUCGUUCUUUGUGCUCUUUCUCGGGUUUAGUAAAAAUAAUUUGGUCUAACAAUGAUCACGACACGAUUAAAAUAAAACCCAUUGUUAUGGUUAAAUCUACUAAAAUAGAUACCUUUGUUUCCAAUCGACUAUUGCAAUAGAGAAUCAAAUCAAUUCUUCGUUAGCUGUUUAUUCAUUUUACCUAGCCCAAAAUAUUCCACUUUGAUAGAGAACUUUGUAAAACCACGUUAUCGUUCAUCAGACAAAUGCGGUACGCUGCAUGUUUCGAUUAGGCAAACGCUAAAAAGUAUAAAAUUUGGAAAAACAAAUACUUUCACAAUUCUUUGAGUGCAGUGUAGACCCUGUUGAUUUAUUAUUUUACGAGAUUGAAAGCUAUAGACCUAACCCACGCUAUAGUACACGAUGAUGAAACAUCGCAAAAAAGGUAACAUCAUUUCAUUCGAAACUCAGCAAGCGAACGAGAAAAAAGUGUGCAAAACUAACUAAAAGAAGAAAAACAAACAAGAGACAGUAGGCUAAUUUUAGGCAAAUUUUUGGUACCCUAUUUGGACAUAAUAAAAGUAAAGAUUUCCCAAUAGUGAAAAGAAAAAUCCAUCAAAAUCUUAGAUCAUAUGUUUGUGUCAAUCUAAAUUGACCGUAAAAUAUAGAGAUAAAGAAGUUAGUCUUAAGAGCCUAUCUUGAUUGAAGGAAGAUAAAAAAAAAGAUGAAAAUGUGUGUUGGUAAGAUUAUUUCAGUUUUUUUUGUUUUUGGCAUAAUGGAAUGAGUUUACACGAGUGAACUGGCUAAACAUCGGCAAGAACAGAAGCAGCAAAAUGUUGUGUAAAAUCCUAACUAGGACUAAGCGCAACAAUGGCAUUUUUUAUUACGUGUGCUGGAUAAAGGUGGAAACUUUAUUCCAACAGCUACAUAAAACAUGAGAAAAGAACACUUAAACCACUAAAUUUAAAUAAAAUAAAAACACAAGAAGAGAAUUAAACCGGAAACACUGUGUUCAAUUUACGACUCUGAAUUCAUACAUUGAUAUUGAUCAGCUUUACUUUUUAUUGUAAAAGAAGAUGAAAUAAAAGAAAAUGCAAAAUAUACAA